AGGUUUGAUUCGUGGUCAGUGUUCCUUUGUCGAUUUGAUGGCCAAAACUGCAGAAUUGGAGACGCUCAUCCCUGUCAUCAACAAGCUCCAAGAUGUAUUCAACACCGUAGGUGCUGAUGCAAUACAGCUGCCUCAAAUCGUUGUCGUCGGAACGCAGAGUUCGGGCAAAAGUUCCGUUUUGGAAAGUAUUGUGGGAUGUUCGUUCCUGCCUCGUGGGAUUGGUAUUGUAACAAGAAGGCCUUUGAUACUUCAGCUAAUUCAUGCUCCGCUGGGUGACAAAGAACACCGAACCGCUGAAGAUGGCACAGCCAAUUUGGAAGAAUGGGGCAAGUUUCUGCAUCAGAAGAAGGUGUACACGGAUUAUGACAAAAUGCGUCUUGAAAUCGAGGCAGAAACAGAUCGAGCUGCCGGCUCGAACAAAGGGAUAUGCCCUGAACCCAUCUGUUUGAAACUGUUUUCUCCAAGAGUGCUGAACCUCACUGUGAUUGAUCUCCCUGGGCUAACGAAAGUCCCUGUUGGCGAGCAACCAGAGGACAUCGAAUUCCAAAUAAAGAAGCUGGUGAUGCACUACACAGCCAAUCCGAACAGCAUUAUCCUUUCUGUCACUGCAGCUAACACGGAUAUGGCCACAAGUGAAAGUCUCAAAAUAGCCCGUGAAGUUGACCCGGAAGGACGCAGGACCCUUGCCGUUUUUACUAAGCUAGACCUCAUGGAUGCCGGAACCGAUGCGAUCGAUAUCCUCUGUGGUAGAGUGAUUCCUGUGAAACUCGGGAUUAUUGGUGUUGUGAACCGUUCGCAACAGGAUAUUGUCGAUGGCAAAAGUAUUGAGGAUCAACUGAAGGAUGAAGCUGCGUUUUUGCAGCGCAAAUACCCGAGCCUCGCGAACAGGAACGGAACGGCGUACCUGUCGAAAACCUUGAAUCGCUUGCUAAUGCACCAUAUUCGGGAUUGCUUGCCGGAAUUGAAAACCCGAGUCAACCUCAUGGCCUCGCAGUUCCAAACGCUUUUGGCAUCGUAUGGAGACGACGUGGGCGACAAGGGGCAAAUGCUACUGCAGAUUAUCACUAAGUUCGCUGCUGGAUACACUUCAACGAUUGAAGGAACUGCGAAGAACAUAGAAACGACAGAGCUGUGUGGAGGUGCCAGAAUUUGCUACAUCUUCCAUGAAACUUUCGGCCGAACUUUAGAUUCAAUCGCUCCUCUCACCGGCCUGACGAACAUGGAUAUUCUAACUGCUAUCCGAAAUGCCACGGGACCACGACCAGCCCUGUUCGUACCUGAAAUAUCGUUCGAGCUUCUUGUCAAGCGACAGAUCCGUCGACUGGAGGAGCCGUCCUUGAGAUGCGUCGAACUUGUCCAUGAAGAAAUGCAGCGCAUGAUACAGCAUUGUGGCAACGAAGUUCAGCAAGAAAUGCUGCGAUUUCCGAAAUUGCACGAAAAAAUUGUCGAUGUCGUCACGCAUCUGUUGAGGCGUCGAUUACCUCCAACGAACAACAUGGUGGAACAUUUGGUGUGCAUAGAAUUGGCGUAUAUCAAUACAAAGCAUCCAGACUUCCACAAAGACGCCGCUUUCGUAUCCUCGAUGAUCAAGUCUUUGGAUGACGACAUGCACAAUACUCGCGCAAGAGUUCCACGUCGUGCGGGAGAUUUUAAGGAUGAUGCGAGCAUGCCGGAUUCUCCGAGCUCUGUUGCCUCCAGCCGGUCGACACUGGCGAUGGACGGCGACUCAUCGCCUCAUCACCGUCCCAUUAAUUUGUUGCCCGAAGUUCCUACUGCAGUUCCGUCUGCCCGGAAGUUGUCUGAACGCGAGCAACGAGACUGCGAUGUUAUCGAACGGCUCAUCAAAUCAUAUUUUUACAUCGUGCGCAAGUCCAUCAAUGACAGUGUCCCGAAAGCUAUCAUGCACUUCCUGGUCAAUUACGUCAAGGACAAUUUGCAGUCGGAAUUAGUUUCCCAGCUUUACAAGCCUGAGCAAAUCGCUGACCUCCUGCAAGAAUCCCCCCACAUCGCUCAACGUCGGCAUGAAGCAGCCGAAAUGCUGAAGGCUCUCCAACGUGCAAGUGAAAUCAUUGGUGAGAUCCGCGAAACUCACGUUUGGUAAGCAAAAAGCAAAUUCUCCCACGUCGGGCAAGCAUGGGAAUGCUUCACUGUUGCCUCCCUCCGGUGCCAGCGAUUUUUCAUCUCAAACCCGUGGCUUGCCGAGUUCGUUGCCCAUUUGUUUUGUUUCGUCGUGGGCGACUAGAAGCGGUGGUGUGGUUACGGGUUCGCCUCCGGUUUCACGGCGUCGUGUGUGAUCACGAUUCUUCAACCUGACAGGGGUUUUCAUUUUCCUUUGCGAGUGUGCGGGGAUUUCCCUGCAACAAUGACGUGGGUUUUUAGCGUUCCUAGUUUGAGAACAUGAUUUUUUUUCUCGAAUCAGUGAUGGUGAUUGUUUUUCCGUGUCUCAGUUGUCGCGAGUUUUUUCUCUUUCUAAAUGAGUUUUUGCUCUAAAUUUUUGAUUAUUUUGCUCUUUUUCUCAGUUGAUUUCAGUUUUAGAGGUUUACCGAAUACCGGUACUCGAAAGUAGGGUGUCCCUGAAGGUACUAUGCGUGGAAAAUUUUUCGACUUGAAAGAUAAAUUUUCAUACUCCCCUCAUUGAACGAAAAAUGACACGUUGUUCCAGCGGGUGUAGAUGUCCUCAAAGCAAUUUAUUGUCACAUUGGGUAUUCGCAAGUUUCUUCAGCUUCAGGAUUCUUUCGUCGUGUGUGCUGCAUUAGCAUUGCUAUAGCAAAGCGAAAUUGAGUUUGAUUGGUUUCUGGGUAAAUUUUUCGUAAAAUGACUUGAUUUUUUCCAUUGCCCGCUCCUUAUUUUGAGAAAACUUUUUAGAAAGGUUUACGUGCAGUUUUGUAUGCGUUUCGAACAAGUUUCAAAAUGUCCGUGGCAAUUUUGGCAUGUGUAAGUUGAUUUUUUGGGGCUCCAUAAUUUGCUGGCAAUCUAAUUCUAGAAAAUGUAUGCACACACUACGUAUGCAGUAUAUUCAGUGAGUACUACCAAUAGGCGUGACAGUGCGCUUUUGGGAGUAAACGCCCGUAUCUUCGUCUUUCAACAUUUUUCCUUGCGAAAUUCCUGUAAACUUCAUUAUCUUCGUGCUCUUUCAAAAAAAGAAAUGGUGGAUUACUUCCUGCGCUCCUUUUUUCCGCGACCGUUUAGGUUUCGACAUGUGUUCGGUGUUUCAGGUGGUGUCACGAACAUGCGUCUGUGCAAUAUUCGAUAUUGUGAUAUUUUAAUUGUUGCAACAUUUUUCAUCUUGUUCAGUUUCUGUUGUUUUUCGAGGAAAUGCUUCAGAGAUUGUUUACUGUUGAUUGUUCAUCAGUCCAUGUUCUUCCCGCAUCAUGUCGCGAUUCCUGGAAUUAUCUAGAAUUUCUAGAUGACAUCUAUGAAUGCGCUUGGUGCAAAUGAUAUACCAUCCGCAACCUCAUAAUGUUGCGUUCCUCAGUGCCCCAAAAAGUUGCUUCUUCUUGGUGUUGAGUUCUUGAUUUCAUUUUUUACUCGGCGUCGUCUAAAGACUAAGUAUUAUUCAUGGAGGUGAACCUCGUCAAGUGGAACCUCUCUACGUCGAUUUUUUUUUUUCAAGUGGCCGUCUGAUUUCCUAUGAAAACACCCCAUUAAAGACCUCCGCAACUCCAGAAGCAAUAAAAAUGUAACGAUGCGUUUUGGAAAGAAAUGAAAGACUAAUUGAGCAAAUGGACUCAUGCUUCCAAGUUUAGCAUCCUGUCAACUCAUGCAGGAAGCAAUUUAUGUCCCAGAAUAUCACAAAUUACAAUUUCCUGCAGUUAUUUUUCUUUCCCCUUCGAAAAUGUGGUAUGUUCAACUCAAUACCUUCCUCACAAAAGUUUUUUUUUGCUGAUCCCUUGAAGUUAGACUUGAAUAGGUUUGAAUGAAUUCUUUGAAUUCUGAUCGUUUAGGGUUGAAGCGACUAUUGACACCGCUCCAGAUCCACCUGUUCAUAUCUCAACGGGGUUAUGGCUGUAAAGUACCGAUUUCGGUGAAGGGUGAAUUUUUGUCAGUCAUUUGAUUUGGAUUUUGUGGGAAUCCCUCGUUGAAAGUUGGAACUGAACCGAAGCUUCAUCCUGCUGUUUUUAAUCAAAUUUGGAGGCUUAAUUUAAAGAAAAGGUUUUGAUGACGACUGACUCCCGGUGAACUUUGCUCAUUUAUUUAGGCAGUAACCUUCGGUUCUCCCUGUGUUUUAUUUUAUGGAUUUUUCUACCAUUUUCCUCCUUCUUCUGAGCUGCUGUUGUGCAUCAAUUUCUAACGUUGCGGCGUGGAGUAAAAGCGUCGACUAAAAGCGUUCCCAUGGACCAAUGUGCUGCUUUUCUUCCGUGUCACUGAUCUUCUCGUUUUUGAUUGGAUAAGUAGUCUAAUUAUUUUUUUCGUUGCCUGUCCGUCUGUGUCGUCAAUGAGAAUCGUGCAUGUGUUCCGCGAUUUAAAAAUGUGAAGUGGAAGCAUUUCCCUGUCCGAAAUGCGUUGAUUUAAAGCGACUUCCGGGCUG